GCUAACCAAUGAGGAAGUAAACAAGCGAAAAGCGAAAAGACAACAAAACGCAGAUAACGGACCGUCUCUUCCCCUCCAGAUGACGUCUCUAAUCUGCACCUUGCACCACCACCAGGACGAUGUCAACUGGUGUGCCUUCUCGGCCAAACUCCUAGCCACAUGUUCCGGGGAUAAAACUCUGCGGAUAUACAACACCCAUGACUUCUCGGAGCUGCCUUUCUCGCCGCUGACGGGACACGGCUACAGCGUCCACUGCUGCUGCUUCAGCGCCUGUGGACAGUUCCUCGCCUCGUGCUCCACGGACGCGACCACGGUGAUCUGGUCUAUGGUCACGGGGGACAUCGAGGCCGUCCUGGAGCAUCCCGGCCGCAGCCCCGUCAGGAUCUGCGCGCUGUCCCCCGACUCCGUCCACCUGGUUUCUGGUGCAUCUGAUGGCACUUUGGCCCUCUGGGAUUUCCCCUCCAAACAGCUGCGCAGGACCGGGGCGGUGCAUGACACGACAAUGGUAGCCUGCUCCUUCAGCCCCUGCAGUCAGAUGUUCGUGACCGGCUCCACCUACGGCGACCUGCGCCUGUGGGACCUGAACGUGAACCAGCGGCUUGUGGAGAAGAACGCCCACGACCUGGGAGUCGCCUGCUGCACCUUCGCUCCCGGCAUCCACAGCGGUGGUCAAGUCGUGCAGUUUCGUCUGGCAUCCUGUGGACAAGACAGUCACCUGAAGAUAUGGGCCAUUAACAAGUUCAGCUCUGGAGCCUAUAAGAUGCAGCUGCUGCACACAUUAACCGGGCAGUCAGCUCCAGUCCUCUCCUGUGCGUACUCCUCUGACGGGCAGCUGCUCGUGUCUGGUUCUGUGGACAAGACCGUUACAGUCUAUGAUGCUAAAAAUGCUGUUUUGCUUUACACACUGACCCAUCACGAGAGGUACGUGACGGCGUGUUCCUUCUCUCCAACUUCACCGCUAAUUGCUACCGGAUCCAUGGAUAAGACGGUGAACAUCUGGAGGCUGGAGGACGGCUGCAGUCAGCACGGCGGGAAGUCGUGGCCCGAGGAACCUGCUCAGACAUCAAGUGAAGGGGGAGCCCCGUCGGGCCGGCUGAAGCUGCUGGUCGGCGAUUGGUCGGAGGCGGACGUGUCGGAGUGGCUGGCGGAGGAGGGCCUCGGGGGAUUGGUGGACACGUUCAAGGCCAACAACAUAGAUGGGACGGAGCUGCUCGGCCUCACCAAGGAAACGCUGGCGUCAGAGCUGCACGUCGAGUCAGUGGGCCUUCGCAGUAAACUCCUCAGGAAGGUGGCUGAGCUCAAGAGUGACUCGGUGUGUUCAGGCACUCCUGACGAGUUCCUGUGUCCGAUCACCAGAGAGCUGAUGAGGGAACCGGUCAUUGCUGCUGAUGGCUACUCGUACGAAAGAGAGGCCAUCGAGAGCUGGAUCAGCACCAAGAACCGCACCAGCCCCAUGACCAACCUCCCCUUACUGACGACUCUGCUCACCCCGAACUACACCCUGAAGAUGGCCAUUGGCCGCUGGAAGACCAGCCACUAGCAUCUGGCAGACCUGUGACCACGUGUGCCCCAGAUAGAGCAGCCAGCGUGUCAGGUUAUUUUAGCUUCUCCUCACGCUGGGGUUUUCCUUGGUGCCACUCAUUCAUAAAACUAGUUAUUAUUAGUCCCGUUAUUCACUCGAGUCCUGUUCUGCUCAUGAUACCUUGGUGUCUUAGACUGUCACGACCAACCAUUCACUAACUUAGGCAAAGGUAAGUUUGCUCCUAGUUCUUCUCAAGUGCAGGACAGAAAACACAUAGCCGAGACAAAGCGAUGCACACCACUUUAAGAUAAAUAUAUAUAUAAAGUGCACAUAGAUACUGUUUUCAUUACUUCUUCAUACGGCUGACAGUUUCCGGUGAUCCCUUCCCCUUGUUUAUGUAUAAAUAUUUUGUUGUUAUCCUGAAAAGAGACUUUAAUUUAUGUGCAUAUUAUAUUUAUCAGCGACAUGAUGGGAAAAAACUGUGAGGCUCUCAGUGUUGUGUGUGAUGCCUUAGUACCUUUUUGUACUGACUGAAUAACUAAAACACGACGAGUUGUACGCAUCUGAACACUGCACCCGAUACAUAUACACAGGAUGUAUAAAAGAACCAGAGAAUAUCCACAUUUAUACAGUAGCAGCUUGUCCUAAACCAUACCCUACUUUCAAAUGAGAAGUAGGUCCAUACUUCUUUUUGCAAUCAGUGGAGUCUAUUAGAAAGGAUUUGCUCAGAGGCUUUUCACACCUAGAGGCUACAUCCAGUUCUUUUAGACGAUCUACGACAGCUACAGACCAGCUUGUUUAUUUAAAGUUGGGUCAGCAUUACAAACAUUACAAGAGAGUCCACUGCUUCAAUGCCAGGUUUAGAGAUAUUACUUAACAGGACUUUAACUGGAAGCUAAAAAAACACUAUGUGGUCUGUCUGCGGGGACACAUUACGCGUGUGUCUUUUAGAUUGAACACUGCAGGACCCUGUUGCCAACACACCCUAUGGGAAUAGCGCUUGGCCAAAUUAGUUUAAGGUUUGCUUCUUCGUCCGAUCUAGCCGAAAUGAUCGGGUAGUUUUUAUUUUGGUGGCUCGACGUCGUACUGUGAAAGGAAACAAACUUAAACACCGUUUUAUAUUUUAUACCGUAAAAGAAGUAGAGGCAGAAAUGUAGUCCUCCAUUAAUAUUUUAUUAUACCACGGUAAUAAUGUGGCAGCAUUCUGUAGUGAUCCGUAGUACGACUCUGAAAAGGGUAUAUGACAACUAUGGACGUACAGCAAUGUUAAAAAGUUUAUUAAGUUUGUUUUAUUUUUUAUAUCCUACGUACUCUGUAAAUGCUCUCUCUCUGUGUCCAAAUGAACCAAUAAACACUUUAUAUGAAUAUGUUCUCUGCUAUGCAAAAAUAAAUAACAUAUACUGUGAA